AAAAAUCGCAUGACAGACGCAGGAAUGCGCUGAUUUCAUUGUCCGUUACUCUGAGACCAAGAUUUUCUGGAAAAGAAUUUGCAAGAACGUCCUCAAUGAAACAAAUGCCUCGAUUCAGAGCUACAAUCAGGUACUCGACGAUCUCAUGCAGCAAUUCCGGGAUAAAGUGGCUCGUGACACCGCCAUCUUCCUCCACCGUGCAGCCGAGGAUCUGGACUUGAGCAACCUGGAGUAUGCGACCGGUGCUGGACUGAAUACAUCUAAGCUUUGCCUCACAGGCACUCGGGAAGGCAUUCUAACUGAGAUCAAGUCUUGGAUCAACAGCACUGGGGAGAAUGUUUCCCCUGUUUUCUGGUUAUCCGGCACGGCAGGGAGAGGCAAAUCAGCCAUCGCCCAUACAAUCGCCAACUGGUUUCAUGAAUCUGGGCGUUUAGGCGCUUGUUUCUGCUUCGACCGCACAGGAAAUCACCGCCAUGAAAAGAUAUUCACCACCAUUGCGCGCGACUUAGCUGACGGCAAUCUUACCCUGCGGCGAGAAAUAGCACAUGUAGUUCAUGAUGACAACGAGCUCAGGCACACCCGAGACAUCGCAAGACAAUGGCAGAAGUUGAUCGUAGAGCCAAUAGGCAAAGCCUCAUCCACCAUCACUCAACCCAUUUUAAUAGUCAUCGAUGCGCUGGACGAGAGUGGCGCAGCCAAAUCCCGAGAACAAAUUCUCCGUCUGCUUUCUUAUACGCCAGAUACUUCCUCAGCCAACCAAAUUCCCGUCUUAUUUCCGUAUCCUCGUUACUUCCCGUCUACUCCGAAACAUCCACGAUACCCUGAUGCUAUUCUAUUUUUAACGAUCUCACCAGAUGGAAAAUGCAUAGUGUUUGGUUCAAAGGAUAAGAUAAUCCAGGUGUUGGAUGCAGAGACCGGCGAGGCAGUAAGUGCCCCUCUCCAAGGGCACACUAACCGCGUCUGGUCAGUCGCGAUCUCGGCUGACGGAAAACUCAUUGCGUCUGGUUCAUCAGACAAGACGGUGCGAGUAUGGGAUGCGGACACUGGCAAUGCAUUGGGUACACUCCAAGGUCAUACCCAGGCCGUAUACUCCGUCGCAUUCUCGCCGGAUGGAAAACGUAUUGUGUCUGGUUCAUAUGACACAACCACCCGGGUGUGGGAUCUAGAUUUUGUAAACAAGCACCAACUUAUAUCCAGAAGACCUGCAAUAUGUUUCUCUUCUAACCCAACUCAUGCCCUUUGUUCCACCUUUUCCUUUCUUCAAGAUUCUCCCACCCCCUACGAGGAAGGGUGGGUUGAAAGUCCCGAGGGACAUCUUCUCCUCCGCAUCCCUGUCGAUUUCUAUCGGUCCGUGUACAUCCCGGGUGAUACGCUGGUUAUUCCCAGUUACACAUUGCAACUGGAUUUGAGUCACUUCGCGCACGGCACCUUAUGGUCCGAGUGUGGAGCCGCACACUAAUAUCCCUCGUAGAUUGCACUUUAUAGCCAAGCAAUGAAUCCGACGUUCUGUGCAUACUAGUAGUGACAGUGUAUUAACAUCAUGUAUAAGUAAUCAUGAUGCUGCAUCACGUAAAAUCGUCCAAG